AUGGCGUCUGCAGUUGAUUACAGGGGGUCCCUGCCUUUGUCUGUGACUCAGCAGGAAGCUCAAAGGGGCCCCCAGGGCCCCCCCUUCCUCAAUCAAGCAGGCAGGCCAGUAGCAAAUGCACUGGCUGGGGACCCCUACUGGGCAGCAGCAGUAGCAGCAGCAACAGCAGAACAACCAUCAACAGUAUCUGGGGGAUGGCUCUCAUAUGAUGAUGAUACACUACAUUACACAGCAUCGGCGGAGGGGGGGCAGGCCUCUCACCCUACAGCCUCAGUGGACCCCUCUGCAGGCUGGGGUGCUGCUGGUUGGCAUGGAGAUAUAAGAGGUGCCUCAGCAGCAGCAGCUGUUGCUGCUGCAGCAAAAGACAAAAGAAAGGUAGAUGGAGGGGCCCCCAAGGGGCCCAAGGCAGGCGGUAGCAAGCGCUCGCGGCUGCUGCUGUGGGGCGGUAUUUUUUUAUGGUUUAUACUGGCAGCAGCAGUUGUUAAUCUUCAUAUCCAGAGAAGAGGCGAGCUGAUGCAGCAAGCGCCUGCGACUCCUCUACCUCAGCAGCAGCAGCAACAGCAGCAGCAGCAACAGCAGCAGGAGCAACAGCAGCAGGAGCAACAGCAGCAGCAGCAGCAACAGCAGCAGCAGCAACAGCAGCAGGAGCAGCCUUCGGUGCCAAAGCCGCCGCAGCGUAGGCUGCCUUUGAUUCGUGAGCCGCAGCAGGAGCAGCAGAAGCAGCAGCAGCAGCAAGAGCAGCAGAAGCAAAAGAAACAGAAAAAACAAAAGAAGCAGCAUAAGCCUCAACUGAAACUAGAUAUGGUUGUGAGGACCCCUGUCGAUGAUCGCUCCCCCUUUGGUGGUACUCCUACGCGCAUGCAGCUGGGUGUACAGCUGGCUGUAGAUGGAGAGAAUCUAUCAAAGUAUGAAGAGGAGUUUGCUGCUGCUGCUGCAGCAGUAGAACAAGCAUGGGACCAGGCAAGCACCAGCAGCAAGAAAGCCUUCGCCGCUCACUUCCUUCCUAUUGCUGCUACAGGUGUGAGGGUCCCUGCCCCUCUUAUACUGCUGCAGAGGCAUGCAGAUGUAGUGAGGGGGGCUCGUCAUCCUCGUCAGAGUGAUAACCCUAAACAAAAACAGGUGUAUGCAUUUCGUCUUCGUAUUCUUUCAGCUGUAUAUACAGCUGCAAAAGCACGCAUACAAGCACUUGAUGGCAUAGAAGCAUACUGCAGUAUGAGUGGAGUGGGAUCGCGCCUCCUCGGCAUGAAACCAGCUCCAAUUGCUACAGCAGCAACUCCUGUUUCUGCUGCUGCUGCUGCUGCUGCUGCUGGUGCUCCUGAGGGAGGGGUGGGGGGCCCCAAGACGGGGGCCCCCGAAGAAGAUACAAUUUCGUUUAAGGAGUUUGUGGGGAUGCUGGGGGGUCGGCCUGUUGCAUGCAGAGAGCAGCGGGAUGCAGGUGAUGAGCGCCCCGCUCGGGUGUCUAGGCAGCUCGCUGUGCGGCUGGCGAAUGUAUUGAGGCGUGAUGAUCUACAAGCUGCACAGACACUCGAUACAAUUCAUAUAUUUCAAAGUUUUUUAAGUGAUAUAGGGGAAGAUGUUUCACCUAUUCCUCCUGAUGUUGCGGCUGCUGCUGCUGCUGGAUCUGGACCUGCUGCUGCUGCUGCUGCUGCUGCUGUUGUUGCUUCUCCGGCGUCACCAUGGGGGGGUCGGUUUCAAGGAGAAGAAAUUGCAGUUCCUUUCUCUCCCGGGCAGCGCCCCUUUCAUGUGCAGGCGUUUAAGAAGGCGGUGCUGAUGCAUGACCAGUGGACCAGAGCCCGUAUCCUAUCGGCGGAGGCGGUGGCUUCAUGGGGUGACCAGUGGUCCGACCAGAAGGUGCAGCAGUUGCUGCAAACCCUAGAAAAAAAAGAAAUGGAAUGCAUGCAACAAAGACAAAAACUUAAAACAGAAGCACAACACCUUGUAGAGUGGAUGGAAAGCCCUUCAGGGGCACCCAUACAUGAUCUAUACACCCUCGCGGUAGCGCUGCUGUAG